GGGGGCGGGGCUGCAGGGUCGCGCCCCGCCCACCGGCGCCAUCUUCCUGGGCCCGGGCGGGGCACUGGGCUGUGGGCCGCUGCUGGGGAAGGAGCGCGGGCUGUAACCCGGACUCGGGUUCAGAGGAGGCCUCUCCCGGGGGCCCAGGACUGCUGGGGCACAAUGGAGCCUGCAGCGCGCCCGGUGGGCAGCAGCUGUAGCAGCCCUGCAGCACUGUCCCGGGAAUACAAACUGGUGAUGCUGGGUGCCGGCGGAGUUGGGAAGAGUGCCAUGACAAUGCAGUUCAUCAGCCACCGGUUCCCAGAAGAUCACGACCCCACCAUUGAAGAUGCUUAUAAGAUCCGGAUCCGAAUUGAUGACGAGCCUGCCAAUCUGGACAUUCUGGACACUGCUGGACAGGCAGAGUUUACAGCCAUGCGGGAUCAGUAUAUGAGGGCAGGCGAGGGAUUUAUCAUCUGCUACUCUAUCACGGAUCGCCGAAGCUUCCAUGAGGUUCGAGAGUUCAAGCAGCUGAUUUACCGAGUCCGACGCACUGACGACACACCUGUGGUUCUUGUGGGCAACAAGUCUGACCUGAAGCAGCUGAGGCAGGUCUCCACGGAGGAGGGGCUGUCUCUGGCUCGGGAAUUCAGCUGCCCCUUCUUCGAGACCUCCGCCGCAUACCGCUACUACAUUGACGAUGUUUUCCAUGCUCUUGUACGGGAGAUACGGAAGAAAGAAAAGGAGCUAGUACUGGCCAUGGAGAAAAAGUCUAAACCCAAAAGCAGCGUGUGGAAGAGGCUGAAGUCACCAUUCCGGAAGAAGAAAGACUCUGUAACCUGAGGGAGGUGUGGCGCGUCUGCUGUGAACUGCCGUGCUCCUCGAAGCAGUCCAGUAAUCUGCAAUACUGAGCAUGCUGUUUGCUCGCUCCUGCUAUGAUGGUUAUUCUAGCUGUCCCUGGCGAGGGGACACGCCAAUGACUCGCUACCUAAGCCCUUCUUAGUGACUCUCGUUAGCCCAUCAGGGCGCCGGCUGCUCCCUAAUCGGCACAAUAGAAUUUGGCCUGCCACUGUUCUGGUUACGUUGCUGAUGUAAAUUGUCUAUGCCCAGGCACAUGUGUAUACCGCAUGCACUUGACUGAGUUUCCAAAAGGAGCUUUGUGUUGCAUCCUUCCUUCCGCCCUUCAACUUGAGCUUCCCGGUGCUGUGUGACGG